GGCGGGAGGAGGCCGGGCCGCUGCCUGCGCCAUGGAUCCGGCCCGGCAGUUCCGCGACGCGGUGUGAGGGUGUGUGGUUAAAAAUGGUGCAGAAAUACCAGUCCCCUGUUCGAGUCUACAAAUACCCCUUUGAGCUCGUCAUGGCGGCUUACGAGAAGCGCUUUCCCACAUGCCCAGAGAUCCCUGUCUUCCUGGGCAGCGAGAUCCUUCAGGAAUCAAAGAGCGAUGAUGGAGCUGUUCAUAUCGUCGAACGGAGCUGCAAACUGAAUGUGGACGCUCCACGGCUGCUGAAGAAGAUCGCUGGGGUAGAGUACGUCUUUUUCAUACAGAAAAACACUCUGAACUGGAAGGAGCGAACGCUGCUCAUUGAGGCUCACAACGAGACUUUUGCAAAUCGUGUUGUCGUCCUUGAGAUGUGUACCUAUUCGGUUCACCCCGAGAAUGAAGAGUGGACGUGCUUUGAACAGUCUGCGUCUCUUGACAUCAAGUCGUUCUUUGGCUUUGAAAGCACAGUGGAGAAAAUUGCCAUGAAGCAGUACACCUCCAACAUCAAGCGGGGCAAGGAGGUGAUCGAGCAUUACCUGAAGGAGCUGAUCUCCCAGGGCAUCACCUUCAUCCCCCGAUGGAUGCCUCCACCAGUGAGCAGGCAGAAGGAAAAGAGGGUCCUGGCUGUGGGACACAACCCUGGUAUUGUGCCAGUGGAGUCCUGCGUGCAUGGAACUACCAAAGAGCAGCCAGGCAGCUCCUGCCCUGCUGCAGAGACGGCUAGCCCUGAUGCUGACAAACUGGAUGCUGAUUACAUUGAGCGGUACCUGGGGCAGCUGACUCCAAUGCAGGAAAGCUGUCUGAUCCGACUCCGUCAGUGGCUGCAGGAAAUGCACAAAGGCAAGAUCCCCAAAGAUGAGCAUAUCCUUCGAUUCCUGAGGGCUCGUGACUUCAACAUCGACAAGGCUUGCGAGAUGCUCUGCCAGUCGCUGACCUGGCGCAAGCAGUACCAGGUGGAUUAUAUCCUGCAGACCUGGAGACCCCCAUCCCUGCUGGAGGAGUACUACACCGGAGGGUGGCAUUAUCAGGACAAAGAUGGCCGCCCCCUCUACAUCCUUCGCCUCGGUCAGAUGGACACAAAAGGUUUGGUGAAGGCCCUGGGAGAAGAGUCGCUCCUGCGACAUGUUUUGUCAAUUAACGAGGAGGGACAAAAGAGGUGUGAGGAAAACACCAGCCUGUUUGGCCGUCCCAUCACAUCCUGGACAUGUCUGGUGGAUUUGGAAGGGUUGAACAUGCGCCACCUGUGGAGGCCUGGAGUUAAGGCUCUCCUUCGGAUAAUUGAGGUCAUAGAGGACAAUUAUCCUGAGACACUGGGGAGGUUACUGAUCGUGCGAGCACCACGGGUUUUCCCUGUGCUGUGGACUCUGGUUAGUCCCUUCAUCAAUGAAAACACCAGGCAGAAGUUCCUCAUCUACAGCGGCAAUAACUACCAGGGUCCUGGAGGGCUUGUAGACUAUCUGGACAAAGACGUGAUUCCAGAUUUCCUUGGAGGAGAAUGUGUGUGCAGUGUCCCUGAGGGUGGACUCGUCCCCAAGUCACUUUAUCAAACAGAUGAAGAACCGGAGAACUCUGAUCACAUCCGACUAUGGACAGAAACUAUCUACCACUCUGCAAAUGUUUUUAAAGGGGCUCCUCACGAGAUCGUUGUGGAAAUCCUGGAGGGCGAGUCUGUGAUCACCUGGGACUUCGACAUCCUGAAGGGAGACGUGGUGUUCUGCCUCUUUCACUCCAAGCGAGCGCCCGAGACCAGUCGCAAAGAGGCCACUUCAUCAAGUGCGUCGACUGCUGGGGACAACAUACAGCUAAUCGAUAAGAGCUGUUUGGGGGUGGAUUACAGCCGCAUGGAGUCUCCGCUGGUGUGCCGGGAAGGAGAGAGCAUUCAGGGAUCUCAUGUGACUCGUUGGCCUGGCUUUUAUGUUCUGCAGUGGAAAAUGCACAGCUCUUUGCCCUGCUCUGGCACCAGCCUCCCUCGAGUAGAUGAUGUCUUGGCCUCUUUGCAAGUUUCCAGUCACAAGUGUAAACUCAUGUACUAUUUUGAGGUGCUUGCAUCCAAGGAUUUCAGGGGGUCCAUGUCAAGCCUGGAAUCCUGCAACAGUGGCUUUUCCCAGCUCAGUGCAGCCACGACAUCUUCCAACCAAUCCCAGAGCAGCUCCCUCAUUUCUAGAUAGCGUGGUGUAGGCCUCUAUUGACCUCUGAAAUGUUACAUCCAUGCUCUGAGGCCUCCUUCCAGGGCAGAUCUGUGGACCAACCCAAAGAGGCUGCAGUGUGGCUCAGCAUCAAGGCUUUGGGGGCAGUCAUUCACAAGACCAUGAAUAGCAGCAGUCUGGGGAACUCUUUGAAACGUAUUUUCAGUAAGAGAUUUGUGACUUUUCAAUCUGCAAACUGGAUUCCAUUGAGAGGCCUACUUACCAGUUGUGUUUUAACAGACCUGUGUUUUAGGGUGAAUAUCACUUUGCAUGAAUCUGUGUAUUACUAAGGUUAAAGGGCUCUUUCUAAUCAGUCCUAUUUCUACAUACAAUAGAGGAGACAGAUGUGGCCUUAUCUGUAAUGACCCGUAGAACUAGAUUUAUUCACAUGUAGCAAAAUUAGUCUAGUUUUUCUGGGCGCCUGCAAUACCAAUGACACUCAAGGUACUGGGGGUGUUUCAGCAGCAGGGACUUGAAGCAAAAUGUAAAUAAAUACCUAAAUACAGGUCAAUACGUUUUGAGGGGGGUGGGGAGAAAGGGGAGAAACUUCCAAGGUAACCCUAACCCCUCCCAAUCUAAUUGGAUGUUGCCUGGAAAUACUUUGUUUUUUAGUUAAAAAACAAAAAAACACAGUAUUUCCUUCAGUGCGUAGGCAGAAAGCCUACCUCCAGCAAGCAAGUCCUUUCUUAAAGACACCCGCUUGUCUUUAUUUCCUCCUCAGGUUUAUGAGCAAUAAAUGA